AUGGCCACACCUCACAUGGCUCGCAUUCCGGAUGGGCUCGAAAAGAAUCCCUACUGCUCUCCGUGUGCCCCAGCCCUUUCGGGCACUCACUACCCUGCUUAUCUCAUGCGAACAUCUGAGCCUUUUUGCAUCUUGCGCGUUGUUCUCAGGACGGAUUCUGAUCCAUGUUGCUUCGGAUUUCCCAACCUCGAAAAAAUAACGAUUGAUGCGCAUUAUUGCAGCCCAGCCAGCAUCUGGUCCGACAUCUUUGACUUUCUCACCUACACCAAGUUAGAGCACAUGAGUCUCAUCGAGAGUUGUCAUGAUGAUCACUGCGUGCAGCACCACAUGCUUUCAUCCUUCACCCUCCAUCGCCUCUUAGCACGCCCUGCUGCUCUCGCAGAUCUCGAGACCCUCGUCAUCCACACCUCACAUGUCAUAGCCAUCACAAUCCAAGACACUGACAUUGCCACGCUUGUUCGCGCAUGUCCACGCCUCCAGUUCAUUGACCUAGCAAUGUGUAACCCACCCAUAUCCCUGUAUGCCCUGGCUUACCUCGUGGGGCGGUGUCAUGAGCUGUACAACGUCGCGCUCUGCUUAGACGUGCGACUCGAUGCUCUCUGUGCGGCACCUCUGGAGGACGACGAUCAAGUUGUUCUACGACCAAACAUGUGCCUAACCAGUCUGCACGUUGGGGCGUCACCCAUCGCAGCCGCUGGCCCACUGGAUUCGCCGACUGCACCAGACCUGAUGAGGUCAAUCCCACGGUUCCUACACAUAAUCCCACCAAUGCUUGUGAAAGUUAUGGUGUUGAUAGUCUGGCCGGAUUUUGGGCGGAAUCGUGAUCGGUUUUCCAAUUGGGAGAGGUGGGAUAAGGUGUCUCGAGUCUUGUCAGAGAUGGUGCAAAUGGAUAGUGACCGAUAG